AACAUUAAAGCCAAUGUGUUGUGUAUUGUAUUGCUGUUUAUAUUUUACAUACAUUUAGUAUUAAUAAUAUAUUAAAUGACUCAACAAUUAUAAACAAUACAUACAAUAAUAGGGAUUAAUAAUUAACGAUUAAAAAAUCAAUUUUCAAAAAUCAAUAAUAAUAUUAACAGUCAUUCAGUUUCAUAGCAUCCGUUAAGUCCGCGAUAUAUCGUUGACCUCUUUUUUCUCGUGUGAGUACCGAUCGGUCAGUCGACUGACUGACUAACUGACUGACUGACUGUCCAUAUCGUAAGUGUUUGUGUGUUGUUUGAGUGGCCAAAGAUUGCCAUAUAAUCGGCGCAACAGUUGUGAGAUGAACAACAGUGACGAUAAAAAGACCGCAAAAAUAACAUCAUUGACCGCAGCCAACAAUGACCGCAAAUCGCGUACCAGCGGUCCGAUGACUAAACUCAAGCAAAAGACAAAGAGUGGCGGAGAAAAGUAUGCAACGAUGUCAUCGACGACAAUAAAGACGACAACAAUAUCGAUGGUCAGCGAUGAUGAUGAAGAAGAGUCGUAUGAGACGCGCGUCCAACGCAAGAAUGUGACCAAUAGUGGCAACAAUUGCGUGAAAACUAUUGCAAACAAUGUCUGCUCGACGACAACUGCUCAGACGAUUAUCACUAACGGCGGACACAAGUUUGCCGAUAAUAAUGUUGAUAAUAACGGUAUUGUAAAUGACCAACAAGUGGACGAUCCGAUGAACACCGACGACGACACUAUUGACGAAGCCUUUGCCAAUGGAAACGGUACUCAUUUGUUGCCAACCAUUACGAAGGUCGCCGACAUCAACGACAAUAAUGAUACCAAUUCGAUGUCAAUGGAUACGAACGGAUGGCCAUCGGAGGACAAUAUGACCGAUAAUGACCCGAACACUAAUCUAAUACUGAACGGUAGUACCGGAGAUCAAUUGACACCAAUCGAUGACAACAAUUACGAAAAUGAAGGCAAAGAAAAUGAAGAUAAAGUUAUGGACGAAGAAGUUGAAGAACAAGAGGACAACAACAAUAAGAAUAUUGUUGAUGUGUCCACCAAAAUACGUACCGACUUUACCGAGGUUGAGGAUAAAAUAGUUGUCUAUCUUUACACUAAAGUACAUAAGCGUAGAAUUAUUGACAUUAAAUACUUCAAAGAUGUCCUCCAAGUCCGCUAUAAGGGCCAAGAAUUUGAUCCGAUGGACAUUACUAACGACACCGAUGACAAUGUUGUUUACAAAUGGCGCAAAACAUUGCAUGGCCAAAUAGAGCCCGAAUUGUGUCAUCAUAAGGAGACAAAGGCUACAAUUGAGAUAACGGUAAUCAAAAAGGACAAGAAAUUCAAAUGGAAUGCAUUGGAGCGUACGGUUAGUUUGCCGUUCGGUCAGUCAAACGUUAAUCAAUACCGACCGGUGUCGUCGUCAUCGUCGUCCUCGUCGUCAAACAAGAACUAUACGAUUAACAAAGUGGACGACAAUACUUCAUCAACAGGUAUGGAACUGGUAUUAGCGCCCAAUUUCAAUGAAUCAGUCACCUCCUCAUUGUCAUCACCAGUGAUGCGCCCGAAACUGUUUGGUUUUACCGGACUCAAGAAUUUUGGAAAUACGUGUUUCAUGAACUCAGUUGUUCAGUGCCUUUCAAAUACCGAUCCAUUUAGGGAUUAUUUUACCUCUGGCGUUUACAUCGAUGAUAUUAAUACAACAAACCCGUUGGGCUCUGGCGGUGUUCUAUGCAAGACGUUUGCCGAAGUUAUGCGACAACUAUGGACCGGCACUGAGAUGUCGAUAGCGCCGUAUCGACUCAAGGAUCGUAUGGGCGAAAAGUGCGCCACUUUUUCGACUUAUAUGCAACAGGACGCCCAAGAAUUUUGCGCCUAUUUAUUGGAUGUUCUGCACGAAGAUCUUAAUAAGCGACGCGAAAGGCCUAAAGUUCCUAAAGAUGACGACAACAAUGCCAACGAAGAGGAUGAAGUCGACGAUCAAAUUCUGGCCGACGAGUCGUGGCACAGGUUUGGCCUAAGAAAUGACUCUAUAGUUACGCAACUAUUCUAUGGUCAAUAUAAGUCAAAGCUAGUCUGUCCUACCUGUUCAAAGAUUUCUGUAACCUUUGAUCCGUUUGUCUAUCUGUCGUUACCGUUGCCGAAACCGAAGGUCGAGUAUGAGGUAUACUUCUAUCGUCGGGAUUCCAAUGGAAUGGCCACUUCGAAACCCGUCAAAUAUACUAUAUUAUUAGCCAAAGACUCGCUCGUCCAGACCCUGUUGGACGAGAUCUCCCAAUUUACAGGAGUUAAGCCAUCAUCGUUACGUUGUCUACAAUCACAUCCCGACGGAUCACUAGAGAGAUUCUUGCAGCCAAUGUGGCCGCUUAAGAAACCGGAAACCGGUCGCACUUUGUUAGUGUUUGAGUUGAUGGCGGCUACCGAACCCAAUGAGAGUGUUUGCGAAUUUUUUGUUGUACAGCGCAUUCAAAUGCCAUUGUCUAAACCCGACACUUGUAGCUACUGUGAUAAGACAGACAGUUGGGGAGACAAUGAAGACCUGGAUCUUCAAUGGUGCGAAAAGUGCUACCGAGUUGUCUACUGUUCAAAAGACUGUCAGACCAGUCAUUGGGCAAAACAUAGUGUAUUCUGUGUGCCGAAGCCUCUAACCAUUGCCCAGCCAUUUGUGAUAACGGUACCGAAAUCACAGUUAACUUACCGUAAUUUGGUGUCCAUUAUAUAUUCAUACGCCCGCCAUUCUGUCGAAUUAAAUGAACCGUUAAAUUUAAACGAAUUUCCGAUACCAUCGCCGUUCGAGCUCAGGGUCUAUCGCGACUUAGCUAAAGGUGAUAAAGAGGAGCUGAUAGUACCCGCUUCUCAUACCGAUAACGACAAUGCCUUUGACAAUGUGUUGAACAUUGAAAACUACUACUGGAUAGCAAUGGAUUGGAAAAAUUCGCCCAAUUUUGGUGACAAUUGGCUUCAAGUGAAUCCAUUAGCCGGAAUCAACUGUAUAGUAGAUAUGUCGCACCGGAUACUGCAUAAUAACGAAGACAUUAAACUCGAAGACUGUCUUGAGUUGCAUACGAAACCAGAAGUUCUUACAUCAGAUAAUCCAUGGUAUUGUCCGAAAUGUAAAGAAGACAAACAGGCCAUCAAACAGAUAACACUGUGGCGUUUGCCUCAAAUACUUAUCAUCCAACUAAAGAGAUUCAGUUUUCGUAACAUAAUGUGGCGCGAAAAGCUUGACUCAAUGGUCAGUUAUCCGAUUCGUGGACUAGAUAUGAGUAAAUACUAUGUCCGCACCGGUAACGUUGCCGAUUGUAAUCCGAUUUACGAUUUGUAUGCUGUGAUCAAUCAUUAUGGCGGCCUAUUUGGCGGUCAUUACACGGCUGACUCACGAACCAGCAAUGGACACAUGAAUUUAGGUUGGCGCUCUUUUAAUGACUCCCACGUCGAAGCCAUCGAUGAAAAUUCAUUAGUUACCCGAAAUGCUUAUAUGCUUUUCUAUAAGUUACGCGAAAAUUGACUACAAAUUUGUUUAUUAUUAUUAUUAUUAAAUUGUAUUAUUACCGUAAGUUUGUUAUUGUAUAAUAACA